GGCGCCCUGGCCAAGCACCGCCGGGUUCACACCGGGGAGAAGCCCUACCGCUGUCCCAUCUGCACCAAGGCCUUUGCUCUCUCCUCGGGGCUGGUUCUCCACAAGCGCACCCACACCGGGGAGCGGCCCCAUGCCUGCCCGCUGUGCAACAAGGCUUUUAUCUCCUCAUCACACCUUGCUCUCCACCUGCGCUCCCACACGGGCGAGCGCAAGUACCAGUGCUCCGUCUGCAGGAAGCUCUUUCUCCAGUCCUCCCACCUGGUGCGCCACAAGGCCAUCCACACUGGUGAAAAGCCCUUCAAGUGUGAGGACUGCGGCAAGCUCUUCGGGCGCGCCUCGCACCUCACGACCCACCGCCGCGUGCACACAGGCGAGAGGCCUUUCAAGUGCCUGCAGUGUGAGAAGGCCUUCACGCAGAAGGCUGGGCUGAUCCUCCAUGUCCGCCUGCACACCGGGGAACGGCCUUACAAGUGUGACAAAUGCGGGAAGAACUUCCGCUCCUCCGCCCACCUCAUGUCACACCAGCUUCUCGAGUCAGGCGAGAGGAACUUCAAGUGCUCCAUCUGUGGGAAGGCCUUCAAGCAGGCAUCGUCCCUCAAGCAGCACCUGAAGACCCAUGAGGCACGUGAGCCUCACCACUGCUCAGUCUGCAGCCGAACCUUUUCUAGGUCCUCUUAUCUCCAGCUUCACAUGAGAACACACAGUGGGGAGCGGCCGUACCACUGUUUGGUUUGCAACCGGACAUAUGCCAAAAUUUCUACCUUUGAAAAACAUUGUAAAAAGCAUCAGCAGGGUGAAGAGAGGCCUGAUGCUAGACCUAGGCCAAUGACCACCAGGGCAAAAGCACUGGCUGAAAAGAAAAAGCAGGAGCAGAAACAGCACCACCAAGAUGACAGCCUCGAACCUCACCAGGCUGACCCAAAACAGCAGGAGACGGAAAGGCUGUAA